UCAGAAAAAACGAAGAAGACAGAGAAAAAUCAUAACCUCCCAACAAAAAAAUUGAAUCUGACCAUAGCUCCAACGAAAUCAUCUGCUAAAAUUAAAAUCCCUCUCCCACUCGCGUAUGCUGAUUGACAUAUAUCAAUCUGAUGUUCUGAAAGCAUCUCGCCAUUUGCUCCAUCCUUCCUCACACAAUCUGAUGUUGUUCAGUGCAUGUCACUCAUCGACACUGGUAAUUAAUGUCCUCUAUGAAAUUUAAUAUUCGCCAAUCCAUUUACUCCUAUUAUUCUGCGCACCUUCACUUGGAAACUGUCUUCCUCCCAUCAUGCAAACUACACUUUAUCCACAGAUACUUUUGUGCUCCUCCAUUACCACAACAUCAACUGCCAAAACAACAACAUCCAGCUACAAAAACACGAGUUACCCUAUCACACACCAGUCAAAUCCGUACACUCUGCAGAAAUGGCAGGCUGAAGGAAGCCCUGAAAAUUUUACAGGAAAUGGAAAACAUCCCGGCGGACCCUGCAACGUAUGCUUCUCUUUUGCAGGCCUGCGGAGACAUGAAAGCGCUUGAAGAAGGUAAGAAAGUACAUACCCACAUAAUCUCAAAUGUAAUUGAACAGAGUGUUUUUUUAGAAACCAAUUUAGUCACCAUGUAUGGAAAAUGUGAUAGUUUGUCCGGCGCUCGGGAUGUCUUUGAUCUGAUUAAAGAGCCCAAUGUAUUUUCUUUGAAUGCCAUGAUAAGAGGAUAUGCGGCUCAGGAAAAUAAUGAAGCAGUUGUGAAAAUUUAUGAAAAAAUGAGGUCCAGAGGGGUUGAGGCUGACGGGUUUACCUUUAUUAUUGUUCUGAAGGCAUGUGCAAAAUUAGGAGAUUUGGAACUAGGCAAGAAAGUUCAUGAAGAUGCAGCCACGCUUGGGUUGGAGGGUGAUGUGUUUGUGGGGAAUGCGAUCAGUGCCAUGUAUACUAAAUGUGGGAGUUUCGAAAAUGCACGCCAAGUGUUUGACAAAAUGCCUGAACGAGAUGUGGUCUCCUGGAAUGGGAUGAUAGCGAGUUAUGGCCGUCAAAAUCGUUUUGGUGAUGCUUUGAUCCUGGUUAGGCAGAUGGUAGCCGAAGGGUUAAGGCCUAAUUCAACGACAAUGGUGAGCGUGCUUCCUUUGCUGGCUCAGGUGGGAGCGCUUAGGGGUGGGAAAGAAGCCCAUGGAUUUGUCAUUAGGAAUGAGUUUGAGGGGGAUGGGCUUGUGCGAAAUGGACUAGUUAGCAUGUAUGCAAAAUGUGGAAGCUUAGAGAAUGCAUGCAUUGUGUUUGACAAAAUGCCUCAGAGAGAUGUAGCUUCAUGGAAUGCUAUGAUUGCUGGUUACGCACAAAAUGGACGCUUUGAUGAAGCCUUGGGGAUUUUCAAAGAGAUGGUGCAGGUUGGUGUAAAUGCUAAUAUGCUAACCAUUGCAAGCAUUCUUCCAGCAUGUUCUUGUUUAUCAGCUCUGUAUUGGGGUAGGGAAAUACAUGCAUAUGCAGUUAGGAGAAGUAUUGAAUUUAAUGUUAUUGUGGCAAGUGCUCUUAUGGACAUGUAUGCCAACUGCAGGAGAGUGGAAGAUGCAAUUCAAGUUUUUAGGAAGAUGCCUCAAAAGGAUGUUGUAGCAUGGAAUGUGAUGAUUGCAGGGUAUGUUCAAAAUCAAUAUUUUAGUAACGUAUUGAAGCUUUUUUAUGAAAUGCUACAAGAAGAUAUUCGGCCUGAUAGUUUCACCAUUGUAAGUGUUCUCUCAGCAUGUGCUCACUUGGUAGCACUACGACAUGGCAAAGAAAUCCAUGAUUACACAAUCAGACAUGAGUUUGAGUCGAAUACAAUUGUAGGGAGUGCCAUUGUAGACAUGUAUGCCAAAUGUGGAAGCGUGGAGGAUGCAUGGAAAUGGUUUAUGAAGUUACCUCAAAAGGAUUUGAUCUCAUGGAAUGCAAUGAUUAUAGGUUAUGGUAUGCAUGGGCAUGGCAAGCAAGCCCUUACACUUUUCCACCAAAUGCAAAAUGAUGGCAUGGAGCCAGACGAAGUCACCUUUACUGCCAUUCUAUCGGCAUGCAGCCAUGCAGGCCUAGUAGAUGAAGGUCGCCAAUACUUCAAUCAAAUUAGUCACAAAUAUUGCAUGACUCCCACCAUAGAGCACUAUUCCUGCAUGGCUGACCUCCUUGCCCGUGCUGGGCACUUAGAUGAAGCACAUAAUUUUAUAAAAAAUAUGCCAUUAGAGCCUAAUCGUACUAUAUGGGGUACAUUGUUAGGUGCUUGUAGAAAUUAUCGCAAUGUAGAGCUAGGGGAACAGGUUGCAGAGCGACUUUUUGAGAUCGAGCCAGAAAAUGAAGGAAAUUAUGUUCUCCUAUCAAACAUUUAUGCUGCAGCAGGCAGAUGGGAUGGUGUUCAAAGGGUGAGAAAAAUGAUGAAAGAGAAGGGCAUUAGAAAGAACCCUGGAUGUAGUUGGAUUGAGUUCCAAAACAAGGUGCAUGUGUUUCUUUCAGGAGACAAGCGUCACCCUCAAACUGAGAAAAUUUAUGCAGCAUUAGAUAACUUAACCGAACAGAUGAAGAGGUUAGGAUAUGUGCCGGACACAAGUUUUGUACUGUAUGAUGUUGAAGAAUUGGAAAAGGAGCGUGCCAUUUGUAGCCAUAGUGAAAGGCUUGCCAUUGUAUUUGGCCUUAUCAAUACAUGUAAUGGGACACCUAUUCGUGUUACCAAGAACCUUCGUGUUUGUGGUGAUUGCCACAUUGCCACCAAGUUUAUGUCCAAGAUUGCCAAGCGGGAAAUUAUUGUCAGGGACACUAACCGUUUUCAUCAUUUCAAGGACGGAUUGUGCUCAUGUGGGGAUUAUUGGUGAUGUUAUUUCAAUCAAGCAACAAGGAACUGAAGGUGAUAACUUUAGAUUCCAAGGCGAUGGAAAAUAUCAAGUGCCAUCUAGUAUCAUUUCGAGUAUGGGAAUUAAAUCUAUAGUGUGUCUCUCUUUGAUGUAAAUUUGCAUUCUAGAGUUGGCCAUGUUUUCCAUGCAAUUAUGAACCUAUCAAUCCUGACAAUCUCAGUGCCUCAGUGGUCUUGGAUCUGCAGUGCCAUUUUUGUUUCAAGGGGCUCAGAGAUGGAAAAUGAUAAUAGUUCUCACCUUUCUUUCACUGUUGAUAAUUUGAGGAAUUUGUUGAAGAGGAAAUAAAGUACAAGCUUGUCAUGUUGUUAAAGGAAAAUGCAAUUUUUGAAAAUACAACCUAAAAGUCCUGUUUUACAGGGUUUUGUUUCAAAAUGAUUGAUAUGUUGCUACAUGGCCCUUUGCCAAAGGUGGAUAUAAUACCUUUACUUGACUGUUGAUAGCUUGAGGAAUCCUUUUGAAGAAGAAAUGAAGUUCAAGCUUGUGCUGCUGCCAAAGGAAAAUGGUAUUUUGCCAAUUUGUCUUCAACGAUGGGGUUGCAAUCUGAAACCUUAUUCGCCAUACAGGAUCUUUCUUCAAAAGACAUUGAUAUGUUGCUUUAUCCUCGACCAAAGAUGGAAAUAAUUAGGAAUUGGAUGCUAGCUAGCUGGAAGUUGCAUGAUUCUGUUUGCGACAUAAUGCUGACAGGGCAAUAUUUCUUAUUACUAUUACCAGAUUCAGGGGAAUCAGAGAGGAAACUUUGGAAAUUGGAGAGAGUUCUCCCCCUUCUUUCACUGUUGGUAAUUUGAGGUAUUUAUUGAAAAAGUAAAUGCGUGCAAGAUUGCAUGUUGGCAAAAAAUGCAAUAUUUGCAGAAUUACAUUGGCGUCAACUAUUAUGUUACAAAUUCAAACAUUUGUGAGUCAUGUAGGCUCUUUUGUGUCAAAAAGCAUUGAUAUUUUACCCUAUGGAUACCUGGCCAAAGGUAUAAAUAAUUAGAAUUUGAAUGCUAGAUAGCUGAAAGUUGCAUGAUUCUGUUUCCACCUGAUACAAGAAGAGGAUAUUUCUCGUUAAUAUUUGUUUAUUAAAUGCACAAAUAUGGAAUGCUUGAAGGGUGCCCUGGUUUAUGGGUUAGAUUCCUACAAUUACCGAUUGAGUCUUUGAUGCAAAAAGUUUUUGUUCAGACAGGCACGUAUUGCAGUCAUCUCAUCAAACAGCCACUUACACUAAUUUAGGCUAUGUCAAGAUUUGGUGUCAAUUGAGACAAUGCUUAAGAGCUUCAACCUAUCUUAAGCUUGAUCAUACAUGGAAGCAGUGACUGGAUUAUGUAAAUUCCACAGGGAUAACUGUGGGACAAUCAGCUCUAAGUUGUAUCCAUCCUAGUUGACAAACUGUACUCUCAAGAGAAAUGGGUAGAUGAAAUAUCCAGCAAAACCAUCAUAAACAGACUUGCUGCUGAGAAAACUUCUUCAAGUCUCAGUUACAUAUUUAUCUGACCAAGGCAGAAGCCCAAUCUAAAACUUAACCCCAAACAACCCCAAACAUGACCAAUAAAUUGUGGAGAAAGGUUUUCGCCCAUUGGCAGGGUUAGGCUUCAAAAGAAGAACUUCUUUGAAUACCUAGCAAUUAUCUAGUGUCAUUAUGUGUAUUUCGUUUAUUCCUUUGUAUGGAGGUUUAUAUUUUGAUAUA